AUGGUCACGUCGCUCUCGGAUCAUCCAAUCGAUAUUCGUGCACUCAACAUUUACGAUAACUCUCAAUGGAAAACUCCCGAAAAAUCAUAUUCGAAUUAUAAGAAACUGUGUGAAGCAUUCGGAACACAAUCAGUUUCUUAUGAAGAAUAUGAAAAUUGGUUCAAUAUUCAUUCCAAAGAAGCUUAUUAUUCAAAGGACAGCAAAAGAGGUCUCCCGCUACCAGACAUUCGUGGAUGCAUCCUCUCUGACGUCAUCAAUGGAAAAACUGCUGAAAAAUCGUUGAAUGAUUUGUGUGAAGCGUUUGAAGAGCAAAAAAUCGAUAAAGAAGAUCAUGAUUAUUGGUAUAAACGUUUCAAAAAUGGACACCUAUUUACUCGUGUCACAUUCUCCGAUCUACCAGAAGACGUUAUAGCUGAAAUUAUUGGAAAAUGUGAAUUGGAAGCUUAUUUGAAUCUCCGAAACGUUUCAUACGGACUUCGAACCAUCGUUAAUCAGAAGCCACCUGCAUUUACUGAAUUCUACGUAUUCUGUGAAGAUGGCAGAAUGGAAAUUAAUGCGGGAAAUGCAUUUUUCGUUUCACAAAACCUUUUUUCAUAUCAAAUCGCUGAACCAGAAGUUCUUAAAAUGCUGAAGUUCCUUCUGAAUCAUACGAAACUUCGAUUGGAAUUUUUCUCUUUUGAAGCGGUUUCUAACCAUUAUCGACAUGAAAUGAUGACAGGAGGAGGCGAUAUUAGUGAGGAAUGGCUAUUCUACAAAUAUCGGUUUAUCUAUUUUCUGGACGACGAGUUGGAUCACAAAAUUCAUGUGGAGGAAUGUUCGAUUAGUGUGCAGACUGAAGAAAAUUUUAUUGGAAUUCUAGAAUAUUUAAAGCCUGGAACACUUGAAACACUUGAACUUACUAACGAUCCUUGUGGUCGGAGAUAUGAUAUCAAUGAUAUCGUCAGAAUGGAUCAAUGGAAACAAGCGAAACACCUGAGACUCUAUGGAUUCAACCUGCCAUCGAUCAAGCAUUUGCUUCAUUUCACAACUAUCGAAACGGAGUUUGAACAGUUUUCUAUGGAGGAUCUGGUUCAACUAUGCAACGGUCUGUCCAAAUCAAACAAUUUCGAAUGGGGUACUAUGGAAACUUACGACAGAUUGGACACUGAAGCAAUCAAGGAAGCGCUGAACCUCCAAGAAACCACUUCUCCAGAAGUUUAUUCAAUUCCCAAUUCAAAUCUUGUCGUUGAGUUAUUUCUCGAUACGCACACACUUUCGAAAAUGAUUGAAUUGCCACUGAAUUCUCCAAACCAGUUUCGAUCACUGAUUCUCUACCAUAUUUCUCAAUGGAAAACUAUUGAAAAAUCGUAUAAAAACUAUGAAAAACUGUGUGAGGUGAAAGAAAAAGAAGCAAUUUCUUAUGACAAUUAUGAGUAUUGGUUCAAUCGAUAUCUCAAAGAAGCCUAUUAUUCAGCAAAAGAUGGAAGAGCUCACCGAGUUGCAGACUUAGAAGUCUGCAUUUUUGCUGAUAUCAUUGACGGAAGAUCGACUGAAAACUCUUAUAAAGAUAUGUGUGAUGCAUCUGGAAAUAUUGAAAUUGAUGAGGGUCAACAUGCAGAUUGGUAUACACUUCUAGAUAUGGAUGUCCAGCAGCUGGCUUGCAUCAGAGCUGAGCAGCCGAAAAAGGGCCUUGAUGCCACUAAUAAUGUAAACCUUUCAUUUUCCGAUUUUCCAGAAGAUGUGAUUGCUGAAAUUGUGGAUCGAUGUGACUUGAAGUCAUAUCUGAAUCUCCGCAAUGUGUCUCAUUCUCUCCGAACAAUUGUCGAUCAACGACCACCUCCUUGCACUGAUAUUUUCGUGUUUUCUGGAGGAGAUUACUUUCUAAUCGAAGUGAAUAAAGCAGAUUUCAUUGAUUCUUUUCCAAUUGAAUUGAAUCAUUCACGCUAUUGUUCACUGGAUUUUAUCGAGAAGCGUGUAUUCCGAGAGCUGGAAGUUCUUCUGAAGAAUCCAAAACUUCGAUUGGAAUCUUUUCGAUUCUGGUCGUUCCCCCCUGUUGCUCAUUCCGUUGAAAGAAUUGGAUGGAUUGCGGCGCUUCGAAACUAUGAGAAGAACUUCUUUGAGUUGCUCAACUCAAUAAAUUAUAAAAUUCAUUCCCAGAAAUGCAUUAUCAAUGCACGUAAUGAAGAAGACACUAUGAGAAUUUUGAAAUGUUUCAAAUCGGGAACACUGAAAGAACUGGAAAUCAAUGAGAGGCUUUCGAGUAAUGAAUUGGUCGAAAUGGAUCAGUGGAAACAGGCGAAACACCUGAAACUCCUUGGAACACGCUCUCUGCCGAUUGAAAACUUUUCCCAUUUUUCAACAUUUCAAACAACUUUCGAAACGAUUUCAGUUCACGAUUUGGUCUUGCUGUGCGAUCAUCUCUCAAAAUCGACCAACUUCGAGGCUUGUACCAUCAAAACACGGGAAUCGCUGGAUGAGGACGCAAUUAAAGAAGCAUUAAACCUCCAAAAAAGUGAAUCUUCCGAGAAAUAUAGCAUUCCUAAUUCAACUAUUGUUGUAGAGUUUUUCCAUUUCACAUUGUUGCUCAAAACGAGCAAAAACGCUUGA